ACAGUACUGACCACAAUGCUGUCAGGCCGGUGGUGGCCAAGUACCUGGGGGAGCCUCGGGCUGGGAUCCCGAAACCCUUCUCAGGGAUCCCAGCUCUGCGCCCUCUAUGCCUUCACUUACACUGGGGCAGAUGGCCGACAAGUGUCCCUGGCUGAGGGGGACAGGUUCCUACUGCUUCGAAAGACCAACUCAGACUGGUGGUUGGCAAGGCGCCUGGGAGCACCCUCUACUUCCCGACCCAUCUUUGUCCCAGCUGCCUACAUGGCAGAGGAAUCUAUCUCUUCCCAGAGACCAACCACCAUCACCUCCAGCCAAUCCCUCUGGAUUCCUGGGCCAAAGUUGUUUCCUGGCUCCCUGGAGGAGCUGCACCUGUCUCAGGAACCCCCAGGCAGAGCCCAGGCCACCUCUAAGCAGCCUCCUCCUCUGCCCCCCAAAAUGUGUAGAAGUGUCAGUGUUACCAAUUUGAGGCCUACCCUUCUGAAGCCCUUUCAGGAAGGAGCAAGUGGAAGAUCCCUCUCUCAGGAAAACUUGCUGACAGAGGCCGAUGCUAACCCGGCAAGACCCCAGCCCCUCAUGUCAGAGCACCCUGUGUACUGCAACCUAGUGGACCUUCGCCGCUGUCCCAAGUCUCCUCCCCCAAGCCCUGCGUGCCCCCCGCUGCAGAGACUGGACGCCUGGGAGCAGCACUUGGACCCUAACUCUGGGCGCUGCUUCUACAUAAAUUCGCUGACUGGCUCCAAGUCCUGGAAGCCCCCGCGCCGCACUCGCGUGCGAGAGAUGAACCUUGGCUCCAUGGAGGGGACGCAGACCCGGAAUAGGGGCAACGGUGUCCUGCAACCUCAGACAAAGGGCUCAGAAUCUGAAACAGGGAACCCAGAACUGCUUGGCCCCCAGGGUUCACUCUCCCACUGCCAGCACACCUCCCAGCUCCACCCCUCAGACCAGCCAGCAGCCUUGCAGCCCACUCGACCUCUGCCGCAGGUCUUGGACGACCCGCAUGAGGUGGAAAAGUCGGGUCUGCUCAACGUGACCAAGAUCGCCCAGGGGGGGCGCAAGCUCAGGAAGAACUGGAGCUCAUCUUGGGUGGUGUUAGCGGGUAACAGCUUGGUGUUCUACCGGGAGCCGCCGCCCGCCGCGCCCUCCUCAAUCUGGGUUCGCUGCUGCAGUCAGAAUACACGAGACCGGAAGUUGGUGAAAGGCCUGGCACCGCGCAGGCCACAAGCGGGCGCGGCGGUCAUCGAACGCCUGGUGAGCUGGAUGGGAGGUGGCGGGACGGAGCCCGGGGCACAGGGAGUGGGGAAGAACAGUAGGACGGUAGGCUGGAUCGAGAACCCCCUGAGCUGGCGCCUGUCAGGGUUCGCUGGGACCUCGCGAGAGCUGGAGGAGCUGAGCGGCGGAGAGGAAGACGAAGAGGAGUCGGAGCCGGUGUCCAGGCCACUGCUGCGGAUCGGCGGCCGCGGGAGCUCUCGUCGGUGUCCUGAAGGAAACGAACAGAACCGCGUGCGGAACAAACUAAAGCGCCUUAUCGCAAAGAGACCGUCCUUGCAAAGCCUGCAGGAGCGUGGUCUGCUCCGAGACCAGGUGUUCGGCUGCCAGUUGGAAUCACUGUGCCAGCGGGAAGGGGACACCGUGCCCAGCUUUGUGCGGCUCUGCAUUGCUGCUGUGGAUAAGAGAGGUCUAGAUGUAGAUGGCAUUUACCGAGUGAGUGGGAACUUGGCGGUGGUCCAGAAACUUCGCUUCCUGGUGGACAGAGAGCGGGCGGUCACCUCCGAUGGGAGGUAUGUGUUCCCAGAACAGCCAGGACAAGAGGGCCGAUUAGAUUUGGACAGUGCCGAAUGGGAUGAUAUUCACGUGGUCACUGGAGCACUGAAGCUUUUUCUCAGGGAGCUACCCCAGCCUCUGGUGCCCCCACAGCUGCUGCCACAUUUUCGUGCUGCCCUUGCACUCUCUGAAUCAGAACAGCGCCUCUCUCAAAUACGAGAAUUAAUAGGCUCAAUGCCCACGCCGAACCGUGACACCCUGCGGUACCUCCUGGAGCAUUUAUGCAGGGUGAUAGCACACUCAGAUAAGAACCGCAUGACCCCGCACAACCUGGGAAUCGUGUUUGGGCCAACCCUGUUUCGCCCAGAGCAGGAGACAUCUGACCCAGCAGCCCAUGCUCUCUACCCUGGGCAGCUAGUCCAGCUCAUGCUCACUGAUUUCACCAGGCUUUUCCGUUGACUGGUGCAAGGAAGAAGAGAAAAGGUGUUCCUCCUGAUCUCUGUUGGGUGCCCUUUGGUGGGGGUGGGGAUAGUGGGUGUUCUGUUUUGAGGACAUCCCAUUAAACCCUGUGUCUCCC